GGCACCUGUAAGGGUAUAAAAGGUAGAGCUCAUGGCUCUGCACAUUCAGACAGCUUGAAGAGUGAAAGCACUUCGGAAAGGAAAGAAGCUGUUGUACAAAGAUUUGAGGAUUCAACAGAGACAAAGAUGAAUCCUGCCAGCCAGUGUAUCAUUCUCCUGGCCUGUGUUGCCAUUUGCACCUCAACACCUAUUUUGAAUUGCCGGUGCAUAAAGACAAGCAAAGCAGUCAACUCGUCUCUCAUUGUUGAUGUCAGCGUGCAUAAACCAAGUUCAUACUGCAACAAGCAGCAAGUCAUUGUUACACUGAAAGAUAACAGCUUCCGGUGUCUUGACCCAAAUUCAGAAUUUACAAAGCAAGUCCUGCAAAGAAGGGAAAUGAAGAAUGCAGCUAAGAUGACCUCCAGCUCCAAUACAACCACAGUGGCUGCCACAUCAGUGGCAACAUCAUCAUAACACACAUUGCUGUUGUUUAUUGUUGUUACAAUGGAGGGGAGUUGCGGCUGGUGCAGGCAAUGUUUUUAUCUCCAAAAUGGACAAGUGAAAGAAAUGAGAGAUAAAGAGAGAGAGAUAUCACAAUAUUUAACAGCUAGAGGUGAACAUUUAGGGGACAUAGGGGACAUAUAUUAGUGAAAAGUAUUUGAUUCACUUGUCCAAAUGGGACAAGUGAAACAAAUGAAAGUUUAAGAGGAGCAUUUUUUUUAUACUGGAAGCCAAAGACAAAAUUAAGAUGUAAAUAGAGAAAAAUCCUAACAUUUAACAGUCAAAGGUGAAUGUUGGAACAUUUAGGAGACAUCCUGUGAAGAAAGAUGAAGAAAGUGAACAGUUUGCAUGAGGAGAGAUGUAAUAAACUCUGUCUUUGUUAAAGCUCUACCUCUGAUAAGUAAGGAAAGAUCUUCAAUCUGCUGUGCUGCAGUUCUUUCAUUUGAACCCAUGAACCAUGGUGUGAAAACAUUGUUUGUGAUGGAAAUGAAUAUAUAAAAUAUCUGCAUUACAGUCCAUGUUUCAAUAAAUGGUAUUUCGAGUC